UCAGUUUCGCGACAACCGUUAAGUUGAACGGUCGCGGUUUGAAUGAGAAAUUUCCGGAACUACGGGUGAACCUUUGUAACGGAGGAGUUCCUAACAGGAACAAGGCACGAGGAAGCCCGAGUAAUCGGGUGGAAGUCAUCUCAGCUUCGGUUAUCACAAGUGACUAGAUAAUUUACUGUUGCGAUUGUUAGUUGGUGACAAAUUUAAACUUGCCGUGGGCUUAAAUUUGAUUUACGCGCGUUGCAUUUGUUUAGCGAGAACCACAGCGGCUCACGGACGUAUUAUUUGUAGCUGCUGCCUGCCUCUUAAUUGACAGAGAUGGGCUUGAGUGAACGUUUCACAAGGUACUGAAAUAAGUCGUAAGUGAUAUUCUGAGACCUGAACGAGAAGGUUUGAAUUGCAUGUUCGUAGUCGCCGCGGUGAAAACUGCACUAAUGAACGAGGCAGUACCGGAGAAUAAUGCAAGAGACGAAUGCACCUGUGCAAAAUAAACAGUGAUCGGUUUUGUUUGGCAUAGGUACCUCACAGGAGGUGUAUAGCAGCAACAACAAAAAAUGGCGGAAUUAAGCUCAUCAUUGGAAAAAAUGAAGGAAAAACAUUUGCUCUCGCAGCAGCAGCAGCAAACCGUACCGAAACCACCGAGAUCGUUUAAGGAAAAGCUUCGAUACUUCAAGGACAACAUAACGGUCGAGCCCAUUGUAGCUUGCUACAUCAUGCCAAGCGUGUUGGCGGGUCUUGCCACCCAGAAUCUGAAUCUGGAAAAGGCAUGCCGGGUCAAUUUGAACUACGGGGACACCGUGUGUGACGCCUUGACACGAAGGGAAACGGCCAACUACACCCACGAGGAGGAAAUGAUUCAGCAAAUGGUCGCCCGAAUGGCCGGUUGGAAGACGGUCCUGCAAAGUGCUUUGCCCUGCCUGCUGAUCCUGUUCUGGGGCUCGUGGAGCGAUCGACACGGCCGGCGGAAACCGUGCAUCCUAAUUCCGAUCAUCGGUGAGUUUACCACUGCGAUUGGUCUAAUUCUGUGCACCUAUUUCGAGCGGGCCCCGAUGGAAGUUGCUGCCGUGACGGAGGCACUCUUUCCUGCCCUUUCCGGUGGAUGGUUCACCAUGUUCAUGGGGGUGUUCAGCUAUAUUGCGGACGUUACAACCACGGAGGAGCGAACGAUUCGCAUAGGCAUAGUGAAUCUCUGCUUCUCGCUGGGUGUUCCCAUUGGAAUGGCGUUCAGUGGCAUCCUACUCAAAAAAAUCGGCUUCUACGGCGUAUUUUCGAUCUCCGCUUGUCUGUAUCUGGUGGCCUUCUUCUAUGGGGUGUUUUUCCUCAAGGAGGUCAACGUUAACGUCGACGAGAAGGAACGACUGAAGGCCAAAGAGAAGAGCGUGCUGGCGGAUUUCUUCGACAAGGAGCACGUGCUGCAAACUUUCCGGGUGGCAUUCAAAAAAGGCGAACGCCAACGCCGGCUGCGGGUGAUAAUGCUGAUGAUUGUGGUUAUGGUCGUAAUCGGACCGUUGCACGGUGAAAUGUCCGUGAUCUACCUCUUCACGCGCUACCGGUUCAACUGGAGCGAGGUCGAGUUCAGCUUUUUCUCCACAUACGGCAUGCUGACCGGACUGAUCGGAACCAUUUUCUCGGUGGGUGUGUUCUCCCAUCUGCUGAAAAUUGACGACGCACUGAUCGGUGUUAUGUCGUGCAUGUCCAAAAUUUUGUCCAGUUUCGUGUACGCCUUUGCCGUCACCACGUGGCAGUUGUAUCUAGGACCAGUUGUGGAAAUGUUAAACGGUACCUCAUUCAUCUCGAUGCGUUCGAUUGCCUCCAAGUUGGUUGCUAGUGACGAGCUGGGAAAGGUGAAUUCAUUAUUCGGUGUAGCCGAAGCGCUGAUGCCGUUGGUGUACGCCCCGAUGUAUACAACGGUGUACGCAUCUACCAUUAACGUGCUGCCGGGCGCAUUCUUCUUGCUGGGAGGUGCAUUAACAGCACCAGCUGUGGUGAUUUUCUUAUGGAUGUACCGAGUGCACAAACGAGAGGAAAAGGUUCUGGCAGAAGAAGCCCGGCUGAACGACAAAUUCAAACAGGCAGCGGACGAAUCAAACAAUGGCUCCUCGGGAACUAGUAUUAUGAAUGGGGCUGUGAUUAGUGUCGAUACGAGUAAGCUUGUUGAUGAGCCUGGGUCACUCAUUCUCACAGGCAGGCUAGGUUCACUCCGGAGACCAUCCGCAGCCAGACGGGCCUCGAAUGCUGUUUCGGAAGGUGCUGUCAAUGUUGGAUUUUCAGCAAAUGAUUCGGAAGGGGUGAUACAUGAGACGAUGGAAAUAAUGAAGGAUCUACCGGUGCUGCACCUGGAACAUUGUAAACUGUGAUUUUCAAUAGUGGAUACAUAGUAAGCUGCUACACUUUGAUAGUAUUAUAUGUAUGUUAAGAAUAUGCGUUAAAAAUAAAUGAAUAGUUUAUUGUUUA